CUUCCAGUCACUCUUACCAGGGAAAUACCUGGUCACUACAAGGAUGAGAACCAGAGACUCUGGAUAGUUGCAAACCUGUUAUUUAGAACAGACCAUCUAGCUGAUGACAUGCACCGAGUCUCUGUCACUGUCAGGUUGUGUCAGAUGGACAAAUGCUGCGCAGAAUUCCUCUCCCAAUUCUUCUCAAGUUUGGCGUGUCUCCCCAGUGAGUGGCAGAAAGAUUCUGAGUUUUCAUACCGUGAGACAGACUCAAAGUUCUGGAUAAUAAUGGCCCAUUACAAGACUGAAGGCAGAGAACAGCUGACAUUAAUGAUGGAAACCCAAUCCGGUCUCCAGUCUGGCAGUGCCUCCUGUGUCACUCAGCCCGUAACUUUAGAUGAUCUGCUUACGUGAGCCUGGCUGGCUAUGUCCUGAGCCUCCUCCACUCCUGGGUACAGACUGGCUUUCUUGUCUCCUUUUGCCUCUGAUGAUGACCUCACAGACCAUUCUUCUAAAGACCUCUCAUCCAUGUGAACCCCUCCCCUGGACUCCCAGUACAGCAUGCCCCUCAGGUGACUCUGAUCUGGAGGCGCCUGUGGAGCAGGUAUGGAUGGGGACUCCAUGCCCUGUGGAUCUGUGAGCUACCAAUGCUGGCUGGAAGUUGACCUGGUGCUGGGCAGAGGAUGCUGUGCUCCGUGCUUGAAGGCACAAUGGGAUGUGCACAGGGAGCAUCUGGUCACUUCUCCCACGUGCUCAGGACUUGGCUCCCAGAAGUGAUGCUGACCCUAAUGCCUGCCCCAAACUUGUUUUUAACUAAUUAAACUUACUACUUUUAA